CGGGAGCGGACUUAGUCACCUUGUCUCCCUUCCGCGCACAUCUCGGCCCCGGACGCCAACCCCAAGGAGCCGUCCGACUAUGUCCAACAUGGAGAAACACCUGUUCAACCUAAAGUUCGCGGCCAAAGAACUGAGCCGGAGUGCCAAAAAAUGCGAUAAGGAGGAAAAGGCCGAAAAGGCCAAAAUUAAAAAGGCCAUUCAGAAGGGCAACAUGGAAGUUGCGAGGAUACAUGCCGAAAAUGCCAUCCGCCAGAAGAACCAGGCGGUGAAUUUCUUGAGGAUGAGUGCGCGCGUCGAUGCGGUGGCUGCCAGAGUCCAAACGGCAGUGACGAUGGGCAAGGUGACCAAGUCGAUGGCCGGUGUGGUUAAGUCGAUGGAUGCGACGUUGAAGACCAUGAAUCUGGAGAAGAUCUCUGCCUUAAUGGACAAAUUCGAGCACCAGUUUGAGACGCUGGACGUCCAGACGCAGCAAAUGGAAGACACGAUGAGCAGCACGACGACGCUGACCACUCCCCAGAACCAAGUGGAUAUGCUGCUCCAGGAAAUGGCAGAUGAGGCGGGCCUCGACCUCAACAUGGAGCUGCCUCAGGGCCAGACCGGCUCCGUGGGCACGAGCGUGGCCUCGGCCGAGCAGGAUGAACUGUCCCAGAGACUGGCCCGCCUUCGGGAUCAAGUGUGAUGUGAUAGCAGAACGCACUCUGAGGUGGCCUGGCCGUAGCCCCCUUUUGGAAUGCUCUCUAUGUACCGGAAAGAUACUCUGCCCUAGACGCUCUGAACGUGCCAGAACGCUGAAAUGCCCUUCUACCUUUGGAUUUACAGCCCUCUUCAGACACAUUAAGAAAUUCCAGUCUUUCUCCACUCCUAACCGGAUUUUAAAGUUCUGUAUAGCUUGUGACGAUGUGUAUUUUUAUAGCUGCCUUUUAACAGAACUAGUUGA